UCGCCGGAGUUUCAGCCGACCGGCUCUCCCGCGCACCAAGAUGGCGGCGGAAGCAGCUGGUGGCAAGUACAGGAGCUCAGUCAGCAAAAGCAAAGACCCCUCGGGGCUGCUCAUCUCUGUGAUCAGGACACUGUCUACCAGUGAUGAUGUGGAAGAUAGAGAAAAUGAGAAGGGUCGCCUUGAAGAAGCCUAUGAGAAAUGUGACCGUGACCUGGAUGAAUUGAUAGUGCAGCACUACACAGAAUUGACGACAGCCAUUCGCACCUACCAGAGCAUUACAGAGCGUAUCACCAACUCCCGAAAUAAAAUAAAGCAGGUCAAGGAGAACCUGCUUUCAUGCAAGAUGCUGUUGCACUGCAAACGGGACGAGCUUCGGAAGCUGUGGAUAGAAGGCAUUGAACAUAAGCAUGUCCUGAACCUGCUGGAUGAGAUUGAGAAUAUCAAACAAGUGCCUCAGAAGCUGGAACAGUGCAUGGCCAGCAAGCACUACCUCAGUGCCACUGACAUGCUGGUAUCAGCAGUUGAGUCUUUGGAGGGUCCCCUGCUCCAGGUGGAAGGACUGAGUGACCUCAGACUGGAGCUGCACAGCAAGAAGAUGAACUUGCACUUGGUUCUCAUAGAUGAGCUGCACCGACAUCUGUACAUCAAGUCCACCAGCCGAGUGGGGCAGCGUAACAAGGAGAAAGGGAGAAUGAGCUCCCUUGUGAAAGAUGCUUCUCCUGUUCCUCUGAUUGAUGUGACAAACCUUCCUACUCCUCGAAAAUUUCUUGAUGCCUCUCAGUAUUCUGCUGCUGGAAGCUCAAGUGCUAGGGAACUGAAUCUGCAGGACAUCAAGGAGGAUUUGGAAUUGGACCCAGAGGAGAACAGCACUCUUUUUAUGGGCGUCCUCAUCAAGGGCCUGGCCAAGCUGAAGAAGAUCCCAGAGACUGUAAAGGCAAUCCAAGAGCGCCUGGAGCAGGAACUCAAGCAAAUUGUGAAGAGGUCUACCACGCAGGUGGCGGACAGUGGCUACCAGAGGGGGGAGAGCCUUCCCGUGGAGAACCAGCCAAGAUUACUUCUGGAACUGUUGGAGUUGCUGUUUGACAAGUUCAAUGCUGUAGCCACUGCACACUCUGUGGUUCUGGGGUAUCUACAGGACACUGUUGUGACCCCACUGACUCAGCAGGAAGACAUCAAAUUGUAUGAUAUGGCAGAUGUGUGGGUGAAGAUCCAAGAUGUUCUGCAGAUGCUAUUGACUGAGUACUUGGAUAUGAAAAAUACUCGUACAGCCUCUGAACCAUCAGCUCAACUAAGCUAUGCCAGUACAGGAAGAGAGUUUGCAGCCUUUUUUGCCAAGAAGAAACCUCAAAGGCCAAAAAAUUCUCUUUUCAAGUUUGAAUCGUCCUCCCAUGCCAUCAGCAUGAGCGCCUAUCUACGCGAGCAGAGAAGGGAGCUCUACAGUCGGAGUGGAGAACUUCAAGGUAGCAGCAAGAAUAUCCACCAGAAAGGCCAGAAGGAAACCAAAGUCGCAUUGAAAGCGCAAAUCGUACAAAACUGAAUUCCGGCCAACAUUUUCAAUUUAUCACGCAAUUA